AGUGGCUCGGGUCACCGUUGUUGAAAGUCUGGGCGCCGAGCAGUGCAGAGCAGAGAGCCAGCACUCAGCCAGCCAGUGGUUGUCGAGAUGUGUUCGAAAGGGGACCCUGUAGCACAGCUCUUGGCGAGCUUCGAAAAGCGUGGGAUUAAUCCGGCGUUGCUCGCUAAGCUCCCAGCCUAUCAACAGAUCGUCCAAAAACGAGCGACCCUGUUGCAGCAGAGGGAGUUCGUGAAACUGGUGAAGAGCGAGGAUGCUGACAGUGAUGAAAUAGAAGUGUUAGAUAAGGGAUUCGUGAGUUCGCGUUGUGUCCUGUACAGUUUAAUCAUCGGUGUCGUGGCCGUGAUUCUGGGGUUAAUACUUCAGUACGAAUUGCACACGCAGCAUGGAUUUACGAGAGUGUGGCUGCGCUGGGAGAACAUCGAUCUACAUGUUGAGCAAUGCACAAUCGACAUGCCACCAGCCGUGCAAGACCUCUUCAGACCGCCUGUGGAUUGCGGCAUGUGUCGAGAUGUCACCCACGUGGAGAAAAUACACAGUGUUUCUCCAGCCUUCUUCGAAGAAAGAUACGCCUACAGCGGCAGACCAGUGGUGGUGACUGACGGACAGCAGAACUGGUCGGCGAGGAACACGUUCUCCUUCGCCUUCUUCAAGUCGAUCUACUCCGAAGACUCUCCCGUGCUGGAGAACUUCGAGCGAACCUGCCAGUUCUUCCCGUAUCAGACGGAAUUCCGCAACCUCAGACAGGUCUUCAACAUGUCCGAGGCGAGAGCUAAUAUGCACGGAGAUCCAUGGUAUAUUGGUUGGAGUAACUGCGACUCCUCGGCAGCGAAUAUUCUUCGGCGCCACUACGAGCGACCCUACUUCCUUCCCCAGUCCGCUGAAUCUUCGAAGACGGAUUGGAUCUUUAUGGGCUCUCCUGGAUACGGAGCUCACCUUCACGUUGACCACGUCGGCAACCCUUCUUGGCAAGCCCAGAUCAAGGGAAGAAAAUUAUGGACUCUAGUUCCACCUCCAGAGUGUUACUACCAGUGUGUCCCACUGGAGGUGCAGGUCAAUCCUGGAGAAAUAAUUGUAUUAGACACAAACAUCUGGUACCACAAAACGCUCAUCGUUUCCGAGGACCUGAGCGUUACCAUUGGAUCAGAAUAUGAUUAGUGGUAGACGAGCGCAACGAACGGUUCCUGUCAGCCAAGUUGAGCUACGCAAGUGAUGGUGAUAUUUCUCGCUCGAGAAACUAGCAUUUACGUUGUGGUUGUAACUUUAUAACCGCUUCACAUUCUCUUAGUUGUUUUUUUUAUUAUUAUUAUUACUAUUAUUAUUGUUUUUAUGUUUGCUUUCUCCUUGAAGCUGAAAGCUCGGGCAUGGAUAAGAAUGUGUCGAUAAUCCUAGUGGUAGUGUUCAUAUCAUUAAAUUAGUCAGUCAGUCACUGGACGUUAGAGUUGCCAAACCGAAUCCGAAAGGAAAUAUUCCAUAAAGAAAAUAUUUUUCUAUGUGUACAGAAGAAAAUAAUGUAUGUUUCAAGGGCGAAUAUUAUCAUGAAUAUUUUAGUUUUCACGAGGUAUUUCGAAGGAAUUGAUCAUAAUUACCCUUGACGAUUAUAAUAUAAAAUGAAUCUAGUAAUACUAAAAAGUAUUGAUUCUUCACUCUUUCAAAACUGCGAAGCUUAUGCUAAAAUUUUAAAAGGUUUAUGUGUCUAGCAGUUAAAUUACUUAUUAUUUUCAUAUUAUAUAAGGAUUAUUUAUAUGCCUUUAGUUUAGGUGGUCCGUGCAAAAUCCAGUUCUACAUCCAGUAAAAUUUACAACUCAUCCCAUAUAUUAGUGAUCAUUAAAUACAUAUAUAUAUAUAU